AUAGCUUCUGGGACUGGGAGACGAGAGUGUUUGGCUGUGUUGCUUUAGCAAACAGGUUCGUAAAAAUGAACUUGUUUAUAAGUCAUGAUGUUUUAAGUGUACUGUCCUAUAUGCUAUUUAUCAGGUCUACUGGCUGAUUGCCUGACAAUGCUGUUUCUCACUUCAGCUUAACUGAAGUGAGAAACUUGAGGAAGUGAUUCGGUUCCUUUGAACGAAUCGUUCGCAAACGACACAACACUACGACGGAGUACGUCGCGUCAGUGAUUGCGUCCGGACGUACGGGCAGUUUGGAUGUUGGCGCGAGCUUGGCAGUUAGCAGUACGGGCUGAAUGUUCAAAAAGAAAGCGUAUUUCUGGACCAAAUUGUGAGUAUAUGAGUGAAAACUCGACAACACGAAUGAAACCGACAAGACAAAAAGUCGAUUAAGAAGGACCUGGAACAAGUUAUGUUUGUUUUUAGCAGGUUUUAGAUACUUUAUAGCCGUCAACAGGGUUGUGAACCGAGUGUGUUUUGGCUAGUUAGCGUACUUAACUGUCGUCUCGAGCUGGUUUAGUUUUAACUAAUUAGACCAUAUGUGUUCGGUUUAUCUGUUGAAUAAGUACCUAAAAUGGACAUUUUAGAUGUUCACAACGGCGGAGGAAGGUAUUUGGCGUCGAGUUUUCAGAUAUUCGCAUUUCCCCUUUCAAGAAUGAACCUUAGCCGUAUCUGAAUACUGUGAACCGUUCCUAGUAAUCACUUCAGACACAUACAGUCUUAUGUUACUGGUCAAAACUUCUGUUUGAAUAUUCAGAAUGAUGAAAAUAAACCUUCCAGUCAUUCAUAACGUACCUCAGACAUCCAAACACUAACCUGCCACAUUAUGGACAUCUGGGCGAUCUAAUGCAGUCAUAAACAACAGCUCUGCCUUUAGGGAGCUUCUGAGCUAUUUGGUUUGUCACUUGUUUGUCGCGAGACCUCAGGCCAGUCCAUUACUGACUACAGCGGGGUGACGCAGCUCAAGGAAGAACAUUUACUAUCAUUUCCUUGAAGUAAUUAUCACCAUAUGAAUCAUUUUGCACUGCAGAAGCGGUAGUUCUUCUACCUUAGCGUCUCGGUAUGACUGCAACAUUAAUCUCUAGAGGGGAACAGUUAUUAUCUGUGUAAUUGUCAGAAUAAAAAUAAGAAGCUUUGUGAAAUAACUUAAGGUAAAGUUAAAUGUUGACCAUGAGAAUAAAGGUUAAGAUAAUGGCUGUUUGUGAUUUACUGGAAUGAAUGUCUGUUGUUUUGGAAUAAAUUAUUGUCACAAAUUUGUUGUCUUGGGUAGAAACUUGUAGUCAGUUGUUUGACAAGUACUGUAAAUAAACCCACUUGUAUAUGUUUUAAGAGAUUCAGCAUAUUCUUUGUGGUAUAACUUUCCUUCCUCUUUGUAUUGGUCUUAUGCCUACCCCUCCAUAAUCCGCUGUGUUUUGCUGUAUAAAUCACAAGCACAAUAACGGGCGGGGCGCAGGUUGCCGAACCACCAUGUUAGACGGCGGGCAGUUUGUGGAGGCCCUGGGCCGUCUAGGAUACCCUGGUGCAUCAUCACUGAAGGGCUCAGAGUUUGACUGGCUGUUUGACUGUGCGCCAGAGAACCUCCACUUCUUGCGCUUCGUUUGUCGGACCCUCAACCGGAGCAAUGUCCUCACCACAGAGGAGGCACGGGCUUUUCGGGAGCUACGCAAGUCCGGCAAGCCAAUUCUGGAUGAAGCAGCUUUGGGCGAAGUCUUGAAAACCAUUGGACCUUCAGAUAAGAGCAGUGCCAGCAUCUUAGGCCCCUCUUUAUCAUCCUCAUCCUCUGUGUUUGCAGCAGAGGGGGAUGUGACCACUGAGGACUUGGAGGCAGAACUCCAGGCUCUGCGUAAAGAGAAAGAGCUUAAGCAGAAACGCUUUAACAGGCUGCAGGUUGCGGCAACCUCCCGUGCAGAUGUUGACCUGCGACUCACUACAGAGCUGGAGAAUGCUGCUUGCAAGCUAAAGGAUGCAAGUGCCUCUAUUGGAGCUGAAAACGCAGACACCAACACUCUGCUGCAAAAUCUAACAGAAGAGGUGGAGAAACUUUCUACAUACUUACCAGUUCAGGGAGACCAAAAAGAAGAACCUGUGGCUCUGUCUGUUUCCAAACACCCUACUGUGCUCCUCUCUCAGCUGUCCUUGGCCCCCUACCUGCAUCAGGAGGAGCUCAACACUAAAACACUCACCGCCUUCACUCAGAAGCAUUUCUUUCAGGGUAUCUCUGACCUUGUUGAGACCUCCUCCUCUGAGCGCUUCCAGGUGCUUGACCUCAGUUCAUGUGAAGAUGGAAAGGAGGAAGAGAAUGAGCUUGAUGGAAGUGAGAGGGAGGAGCGGGUGGUGGAGCGCAGAAGGACAGAGAUGGCCAGACUUCAGUGGUCUCAUAUUGUAGCUCAGCACCAACUGAUGCAGGCGAUGUCAGAGGAGAAGAGCCUCCGAGCUGGGCUGGACUGGCUCUCUGAAAAGUCCUCUCAUACCAAGGUAGAGUAGACUAGUGGAGUACAUUUUCAGUUCUUGAAGUUCACUCAAUGUCUGCCCUGGCUUCCUAGCUGAAAUUUUCCUUCAUGUCAAUUUCUCUACCCAAACAGAGCAUCUCCACCUCGUCCUCACUGCAUGUUCGAGAGGUUGUGUCCAGGAAGGAGCUGCAGGCUGUGGAGGCUGAAUUGGAGGCUCUGCUUCAUGGUCCUGUACCCGCCGCUUUGAGGGAAUCAGCUCGGCUGCUUAAUGUGCCUGUAGUGAGGGGAGACCUGGACCUGCAAGUGGCAAGACAGGACUACUACACCUCCAGACAGAAUCAAGUUAGUAUCUGUACAAACAUGCAUGUUAUUGACAGAUUAAAGGUCUGGGUCAGCCGAUAAUCAGCGUGCUAAAGACAUCAGGAAGCAAGAAUCAACACCCAGAUUACAUUGAACUUAUUUAUUAUCUUUCUGCCCAGGUACGUGACUACCUUCUUCGCCAAAAAGCGUCCUUUGACCUGGUGCACCUGGCCCAGGAGAUGGAGCUGAGGAGGUGGAGGACAUGCCUGAAGCAGCUGGGAGAUGUAGACAGCAGACUGUCGAAGGAAGGGGAAGCCGCAACACUGAGAAUCGAGUCCCUUGCACACCCAGAGCUGGCUAUCAAUCUGAGGCCAAACCCAAUCAUCAGCAGUAAGGAUGCAUCCUUUAGCAGGUCAGGAGACUUCAAUUCCUCAUGCUUGUACACCCUUUAUAAUGACCUAAUUUCCAGGUAUUUAUGGAUAAUGCAAGGAAUGAAAAACCUGCUGGCUUUUUUCCCUCAGACUGCUCCAGAUCCUCGACCACAAUUCCAACCAUGGUCGAUCAGAGCCUUUCCGGACGUAUGAAGCUCUUGAUCAGGCCGCUAAGGACCUUGCUGGAAACCUUCAAGUCACCCGAGAGGCUCUGGCAGGCGCCGGCUGUGAGCAGCACUACACGGUUGCUCGUCUCAACGGAGACUGUGAGGCGCUCCACAGGGCCAUGUACACUGAGCUCCAGCAGCUGGUCUUAGGGCCGCAGGUAUGUCUAGCGGCCUCCACUGACCAGGAGCUGCUCUGUCCUAAUGCACAGGUGGGUUUGUUUCCUUUUAUUUGAUGGUCAAGGGUACAGAGUUCAGAAAUCAGAAGCCCAUUUAAAUGUGAGUCAGCUGAUUUUUGUAUUAUUCAUCACUGUCGGUGUGGGAAGCUGGUUGCACAGGGUUUUUUAUCUUCUGUACUUUCGCUCAUUCUGAAUCAUAAUUUCACUUAGACACGUGGGUUUAGAAGCGCCCUAUGAUUAGCAUCUCUCUGUUGCCUUUUUCACAUGUAUUCCUAAAACUUUCUGUGUCAUGUCGGAUCUCAUUACAAUGCUUGAUGGUUUUUUACAGUACUGGCUAAGUUAUAGGCUUCAUCAUCAUGAGUGUUGAGAAAAACAGCUGUUAACUUGUGCAUCUAACUUUGACUGAAUCAGGAAGAAAUGACAUAAUGCAGCAUCUGGUUGGAAGGGUGAAUCAUGGGAAGUUUUGAAUCCACAGUCUUGGUCCAGAGCAGUUAUGAAGACUCUUCUUUUUCUGUUCAACAGGCUUGACUCCCAUGUUGUGUAUAUACAAGUGUCCUCAAAUACAUUUCCCCAUUAGUCAUUGAUAAACGCUUGAGAAUAGGCAGUUGCUUUCCCUGAUUUUCCAUCCCUCUUUCUGUCGCCCUGCAGGAGCUGACCACCAAGCUCGUGGAAACAGAGGCCCAGCUGCAGAGUUUGCAGCAUGUAAUGCAAGAAAUCAUGGGGGAGAUGAAAGCCAAACGGUCGCAGCUUGAGCGCAAUGCCCUCCUCAGGCGGGAGAGGGAAUUAUACGUCUACUUUCACCUGGAUGCGCGGCUGCUGCAGAAAGUGGUGGAGGAUUUGGAGAGCAAAAUGACGAUGAAGUAAAGAAAUCCUACCAGAAUGAAUAAGGAGGACUUUCAACAGUUCAUCAGCGGUGUGCAGUUUCAUUGCAAGAGUGAAGCUACUUGAGAUCUGACAUUUAUGGACUCAUCUUUUGGAAAAACAACUUCAGAAAAGAAGUUUGAUUAUACAAUAUUUGGGAUGGAUUUGAAUGUGUUCAUUUAUUGCAUUUUUAACAGACUUAUUGAAGGAGACAUGUUUGGUGAUGUUCUUUUUCUUUCCUAAUUUGUUCGUUUGUGAAAUUAUAAAUAAAAUAAUUGUCAACUUAAUGUGGUUUAAGUUGUAAAAAUCGUUGA